GCGGUUACUAUGGCGGAGUCGGCCGGAGCCUCCUCCUUUUUCCCCGUUGUCCUCCUCCUGCUCGCCGGCAGCGGCGGGUCCGGGCCCCGGGGGAUCCAGGAUGGAUCUGGGAGAGACGAUCAGGAUUGUAUUCGCUCCCGAUGUACAAAGCCUGUGCUUUGACUUCUCAGCAGCCCCUAACCUUCCAGCUAUGGGAGAUCAAGUGUGUGCACUGUGGCUCUCCUCUCUACUAAAAAUAAUGAUUCUCAGCUCUGCAGUGUGCAUGUACCAGCUGCCUCCAGGCCAACUACACGUGUGAAACAGAUGGGGCCUGCAUGGUUUCCAUUUUCAACCUGGAUGGGAUGGAGCACCACGUGCGCACCUGCAUCCCCAAAGUGGAGCUGGUCCCCGCUGGGAAACCCUUCUACUGCCUCAGCUCUGAGGACCUCCGCAACACCCACUGCUGCUAUACUGACUUCUGCAACAGGAUCGACCUUAGGGUGCCCAGUGGUCACCUCAAGGAGUCUGAGCACCCUUCCAUGUGGGGCCCCGUGGAGCUGGUAGGCAUUAUUGCUGGCCCAGUGUUCCUCCUGUUUCUCAUCAUCAUCAUUGUUUUCCUUGUCAUUAACUAUCAUCAGCGUGUCUAUCACAACCGCCAGAGACUGGAUAUGGAAGAUCCCUCGUGUGAGAUGUGUCUCUCCAAAGACAAGACGCUCCAGGAUCUUGUCUACGAUCUCUCCACAUCAGGGUCUGGUUCAGGGUUGCCCCUUUUUGUCCAGCGCACAGUGGCCCGAACCAUCGUUUUACAGGAGAUAAUUGGCAAGGGCCGGUUUGGGGAAGUGUGGCGUGGCCGCUGGAGGGGUGGCGAUGUCGCGGUGAAGAUUUUCUCUUCUCGUGAAGAACGGUCUUGGUUCCGGGAAGCAGAGAUCUACCAGACAGUCAUGCUGCGCCAUGAAAACAUCCUUGGAUUUAUUGCUGCUGACAAUAAAGAUAAUGGCACCUGGACACAGCUGUGGCUCGUCUCAGACUACCAUGAGCAUGGCUCCCUGUUUGAUUAUCUUAACCGGUACACGGUGACAAUCGAGGGGAUGAUUAAGCUGGCCUUGUCUGCGGCUAGUGGGUUAGCCCACCUGCACAUGGAGAUUGUGGGUACCCAAGGGAAGCCUGGAAUUGCUCAUCGAGACUUAAAAUCAAAGAACAUCCUGGUGAAGAAAAAUGGCAUGUGCGCCAUUGCAGACCUGGGCCUGGCUGUCCGCCAUGAUGCGGUCACUGACACCAUUGACAUUGCCCCAAAUCAGAGGGUGGGAACCAAACGAUACAUGGCCCCUGAAGUACUCGAUGAGACCAUUAAUAUGAAGCACUUUGACUCCUUCAAAUGUGCCGACAUCUAUGCGCUCGGCCUUGUGUAUUGGGAGAUUGCUCGAAGAUGCAAUUCUGGAGGAGUCCAUGAAGAGUAUCAGCUACCAUAUUAUGACUUAGUGCCCUCUGACCCUUCCAUUGAGGAAAUGCGAAAGGUCGUAUGUGACCAGAAGCUACGUCCCAACAUCCCCAACUGGUGGCAGAGUUACGAGGCACUGCGGGUCAUGGGGAAGAUGAUGCGAGAGUGCUGGUACGCCAACGGCGCGGCCCGCCUGACUGCCCUGCGCAUUAAGAAGACCCUCUCACAGCUCAGCGUGCAGGAAGACGUGAAGAUCUAAGCCUCUCCCUCCCCACACGCAGCCCUGGCAGCGGGAACUACACACAGCUGCCGCGUUGAGCGUACGACGGAGGCCUACCUCUCGUUUCUGCCCAGCCCUCGGUGGCCAGGAGCCCUGGUCCCAAAGAGGGACAGAGCCCGGGAGACUCCCUCACUCCCAUGUUGGGUUUGAGACACAGACACCUUUUAUAUUUACCUCCUAACGGCACGGAGACUCUGAGAG